AAGCCGCCGCCAUGUCGCGGGCGGCGCGCUCGGUCCGGGCCGCGGCCGGGGCCAGGUCGGGCCAGGCGGCGGCGCCGAGGCCCGUCCGGAUCCUCAUCCCGGCCGGCGGGGCCGCGCCGGGGCCGCCCCUGGGGCCGGUGCUGGGGCAGCGCGGGGUCUCCAUCGCCGCCUUCUGCAAGGACUUCAACGAGCGCACCCGGGACAUCAAACCCGGGGUCCCUCUGAGGGUCCGGCUGCUCGUGAAUCCCGACCGGACCUACUCGCUGACCAUCGGGACCCCCCCCACCUCCUACUUCCUCAAGGCCGUGGCCGGAGUGGAGAAAGGCUCGUCCAGACCUGGCCACGAGCCGGCCGGGGUGGUGUCCCUGGCGCAGCUGUUCGAGGUGGCCGUGGCCAAGCAGAGGGACCCCGUGGUGGCCACGCGGGGGACGCCCCUGCCCGCCCUGGUGCGAUCCCUGGUGGGCUCUGCCCGCAGCCUCGGCCUGCUCGUGGUGCCCAGGCUGAGCCCCCAGGCCGUGGCCGAGGCCCAGCGGCGCCGCCGGGAGCUCCAGGAGGCCGCGGCGCCCCCUGGCGGGCAGGACGAGGACGAGGGGGGCGCCCGCAGGAAGUGACCCCUCCCCGAAAUGGACCCCAGAACAUCAGGGACCCCUCCCCGAAUACACCCUAGAACAUCGGGGACCCCUCCCCGAAAUGGACCCCAGAACAUCGGGGACCCCUCCCCGAAUACACCCCAGAACAUUGGGGACCCCCCCCCUCAAAUAAAGAGCUCCUCCCACAGACCCACGUGGGGUUUGUAAUUUGGGGAGGGGUCCUGAAAUGUC